CUUAUAUCCAAACAGAUCUCAUCCCCCUUCUUCAAGACUUUCUUCUUCUUCUUCGUCGUCGUCGCGGAUCGCAAUUUCUCAGCAAAAUCCUAAAAACAACAAAUGGAUUACGACUUCAGAAACAAAUCAGGCCCCUCCUCCUACGGCCGCCCUAUGUACCCAUCUCCUUCCCCAUCAUCUACUUACAACGGACCUCCUGGUUACCCCAAGAUCGGUGCCCAACCCUUCUUCCCUCCUCCUCCCGAGAGAACUCCUUCCUUUCAACAUCCCUCUCCUCCUUCUUCUGGAUUAGGAAUCAAGGUGACUCUGAAGCCUGAGUAUCGGAUUACUCCUCCGCCUCCGUUGUUGCCUCGAGUUGGAGAUGUUCCUCGGAGCAGUUUUCAGUUUGAUUUCGGUUUAGAAAGGAAGGUUCUUGCGGAGGCUGAGAAGGAGAAUCCGGAUUGGAGUAAGUUUGGGUCUGAGCAUCCUCCUCCUCCACCGGUGGCUAACUUUCCACAACCACCUGCUCCUUCAAUGGGUGUGGAUCCAGUAGUGAUGAAAUAUGCUGGGCUCAACAGAGAAGCUGUCAACAUCGCAGUUGCAAACUAUGGUGAUAAUCCCACAAAGGUUCAGGAAUUUGCAAAUGGGUUCACAGCGCUUCGGGAAAUGGGGUUCCCAACAAACGCUGUUGCAGAUGCUCUCUUCAUGUUUGAGAACGACACUGAGAAAGCAUUGUCUCAUUUGCUCCAUGGUUCUUCUUGAACUUGCUUUUCAAAUCUCUUUUCUAUAGUGUGUAUAAGUAAAAACAUCAAAUUUGAUAACCUAAAAGAUUGACAAAAUUAUAGACAUUGUUUUCUAUUUUAACUUUGUGUAAAUGGAUGCGAUUGUUUAGGGGGACAAAACUAUGUCAGUGAAAAUAUCUAUUUCACUGCUUCCACUUAAAAGCAACUGAGGUUUGA